UCAGGCCGCGGGCGUGCUCCGCCUCGCGUUUGGUGUGAGACGUAGAACUGAGCGACCAAAGCCGCGAACGAGAUGCCGGUGGCCGUGGGGCCCUACGGACAGUCCCAGCCGAGCUGCUUCGACCGCGUGAAGAUGGGCUUUGUGAUGGGCUGCGCAGUGGGCAUGGCGGCUGGGGCGCUCUUCGGCACCUUUUCCUGUCUCAGGAUUGGAAUGCGGGGCCGGGAGCUGAUGGGCGGCAUCGGGAAAACCAUGAUGCAGAGUGGAGGCACCUUUGGCACGUUCAUGGCCAUUGGGAUGGGCAUCCGAUGUUAAUCAGGGCAAUGGUUGUCCACUACAGCUACUCCUUCCCAUCAGUGCCAGCUCAUGUACUAUAAUAAAAGAAAUCUUUGAGUAGUG